AUACACACCAAGAGAAAGCUGCUGUCAAAUGCGAUGGCGCAGUCUGAGGCCGACAGCACAUCUCUGGUCGAACUCCAGCGUCAGUAUGGGCGGAGAUGUGAUUGCUUGGUCCAAUACAACGGUGGCCCUAUCAGCCGAGUGCUUGUGAAGCAAAUGACCAAUCAGCUGAUCUCGAGCCUAUUCUAUGUAGAGUUGGCAGCCACUCCCACCUUCUAUCGAUCGCCGCACGCCUGUGAGCUGGCCCUGCGUUGCCGUCUUGCCCCCGGCGCCGCGCUCUUUGGCCUCCUACUGAGGUUGUGUCGGGGCGAGGCGCACUUCCUCUAUCGCGGCGAUGAGCUGGAGUACAAGAGGAUCAGAGUUUGCGAGGAGAAGGACUUGAAGGCAUACCAGAACUGGGCUUCUUAUGAACGUUCACUCCAAGUGCAGGCUGUAUCUCCAGCAUGCAAAAUUGACAUCCAAAUCGACGGUGACGGCAUCGACAAAGGCCAGCACAACACCAGUCACUACAUCAGUAACUGCCCGUACCGGCUCGAAGACCUGAUACGUGAUCAAGGUCUGCAUCGCUGCUUUGGCUCGCCUGAUCACCGUCCCGUCUCAGGAAGACCAGCGAUGUCGACACAGGCCCGGCUUGGCCCCCACUCCGCCGCACCAGUGGAUAUGGAGGAGAGCAGCAUACUGCAACAGCUCAACGCGCUUCAAUGCACCUUUGGGCAAGUGAUGCAGUCGCAGCAGCGAUUCCAGGAUGGAUUGACGACAGAGAGUUGACCAGGAAGGAGUGAGCAAAAGUGGCACUACUCGCUACGUCUUCGUGGGAAAUGCUUGGUAUGUAGUCCGACUGCAAGUGGCAAGAGCUCGGGCAAUGGGAGGAGACUUGUCGUGAACAAGGGUGUGGACAAGAGAGGGGGCUUGGGUUGUAGCUUCCUGUUACAGAGCCCUUGCAUGGACCUGAGGCGCUCUGAACAGGGCAGAGACGAGCCACCACUGUACGUUGAGGGCCAUGGCCAUUCUUGAGAAUGGUGUAGCGCAGAGGGAGUGAUCGACUACGUCGCUAGUUUCUGUCUGCUAGCCUAUGUUUAGGUGUUUUUGCUGGCUUACCAGCUUCUGCAGCCUUCAGGACAGUAGAUUAUCUCAGACGAUGGACAU